AGUUGCUGCAUUUGCUCAAAAGAGAGUGUUUGGAUAUUCUUCCAGGAUUAGCACUUAUACAGCUGGAUGCACUUCACACAGUGCAUAUUUCCCUGAGUGGUACCAUAUUCGGCAGAAGACUGACUUGCAACACUUGGAUCGUCAGCCUUGGUUGCACACUCUUUCUUGCUCUUGCUCUAACCAGAAAGCACAGUAGGAAUUAUAGGCCGCAAGUCUGGACUUCAAGUUGGAAGUGGAUGAGAACAACACGGCCACAGACGUGAACAUGAAGCUCUUUCAUUUCGAUGCGGCAUUGAAUGGCAAGACAAAGAAACCAGCUUUGUGAGGUCCUGCAGGAUAUCCGAGUCGUGGUGAUGAUCAUGCAAUAUUCGACAUGCAUCGAAAGACCCCCUGUCACUUCAAGUAUCUACUGGGCUCGCGAGCAACAGUCAAUUCGUCUACUUCCACAUGGCUGCGACACAAGCUUCGGCCUUGGCGGGAGCAUUUGGCUUGACGGACCUCUUUGCUCGGUCCCUGGCAGGAAGCACCGGUGACCUUUAUCGGCUUCUGUGGCAGCACUUGCGCGCGGUUCUUGUCCCUCAAGCUGGCUUGUUCUGCUUCACGCAUUUGGUGGGAGCAGGCGGAAACUUGGGAGUCGUCAUUGCCGGCUUCUGCCUCUACUGGCCCAUUGAUGCUCCACUGCUUCCAUUCCCUGUCCAUGUCGGCUACGUUAUGUUCUGGACCCGCGGUGGAAGCUGCAGAGACUGCUGUGUAAGCAUUAUGAGCGCUGGGCAUGGGUUCUGUUGUGUUUCCUUGGCACCCUUUCCAUCAUUUUAGCUACUACUUUGCUGAUUUGUUCUGAUGGAUAUUGCAGAUCAAUAACGGCAAGGGACACGAGUCCUUGGUUGUUUGAAGGCCCUCGUAUGGAUUGCAGGGCCUCGCAAGCUUCAGUUGGCAGCCGCAUUGUGCAUUUUGUCGUGCACGCCACCACAAACAGCUGCCAAUUUGUUGCGCAAUUGGCAUGCUGCUGGCCAUACGGCUAAGAUCUCUUCGAAUUCUAUUUCUUCCAAAGGUCCAAGCGCUCAUAUCUGGGUUUUGGAUUGAAGGCCGACUGUAUGAACUGAAAGAGUUGCACAUUCUCGGCGCUUCCAAGCACAGCCAUUGAACUGGCUGUCUUGAUGUGCCUGCAAUGGACACUGCCAGGCUGCAAGACAGCAACAAACAUCGAGAUCGAGAGAACCAAAAAAGGACCCCACAUCGCCGCAUGUCCAUGCUUGGCGCGGAGGUGUGACAGGUAAGCUGCAUGAUUGAUACGACCGUUGACUGCAAGAACAAAGUGCCACGUGAGCCAUGGAAUUACCCAAGCUCCCCGCUUGAAUUUAGAGCUAUGUCAGCUGCCCUGAAGGGAGCGGACAUUGUGACGUGGUUGGCCUGCCUUGGAGCGGCCAGCGCCAAUGGGUUCUUCAGGUCCUGGUCCGCGCGGCAAGUGCGGAUCAGUACCUUUCAGAUCACAGAGACGAUGAAAGACCUGAAGUGGAGGUGGAGAGAGGCUUGGCACUUGCAGGACUCCAUGGGCAGGCUGAGCCUCCAGCAUGACUCCGUGUCAAUCACGGCCAGCCUGGCCACUCUGCGACGACCGGGCAGGUGGCAACUCGCGUGGAAGAUGCGCCAUGUGUCGGGUGCAAAUCGGAUCUCUGCCAAUGCCCUGAUGAGCACAUGCAUGGCUGGCGGUGACUGGAAGCCGGCCCUGGCAAUGAUGUCCGGCAUGGUGAUGAAUCGGAUUGAGCCAGAUGGCACAAGCUUCAACACGGUCAUAGGUGCAAGCGCAAAGUCAGAUGAGUGGCAAGCCGCCAUCCACCUACUCGGGCACAUGGGCGUAGAAAGUGACGUUAUCAGUCACAGCGCCGCGAUCAGCGCCUGCGCAGCAGACGGGCUGUGGCAGCUGGCCUUCCACCUGAAGCAAAGCAUAAGAGCAAUGGCUGUGAAGCUGAACACCAUCGCCCUGAACACAUGUUUGGACUGCUGUGGCAAAGCCAGGAACUGGGAAUGGACACUCGAUGCGCUGAAAAGCAUGAAGACACUGACCAUUGAGCCGACCCAGGAAAGCUUGAGUAUAUUGUUGUCAGCCACCAACGCCAAGGCCUGGACAUUGGCAGUCGAUGAUAUCGCACAGUCAGAACCCGACCUUCACCUGCUGAACUGUGCCAUACAUUCAGUCGCAGCAUGCUGGCGACUUGCAUACGACAAAUUAGUGUGGAUGACACGCCAACGCUUGAGCGACAAGACCAGCUUUAGCACCGCUAUGACUGCAUGCGAGAAAGCUGGCGAAUGGACUACCAGUCUGGCACUCUUCAACAGUGUUUGCUACUUGCAUACAUCAGACCACAUCAGUCUCAGCACUGCAAUGAGUGCGGCCGAGAGCGCUGCCCAGUGGCAGCCUGCGUUGGUCCUGCUCCGCGAAGUUGCUCAGCGGGAGGAGGCCGAUGAGGUCCACUUCGGAGCAGUGAUCGGAGCCUGCCACCAGGUCAUGAAGGCUAGCCAGGAGCCUGCUGCGGUCUCAGCCAACGGUGUUGCGAGCUAUGGAUCGCCUCCGGAUGCCUUCACGGGAGUCGCGGAAAGGGGCGACAAGACCGUGACGCGACAACACUCGGGGGUCAGCCACGCUAGCAUCAUGUCAGUGUUCACAGAGACCAUGGCCGAGAUCAAGGAAGCGGGUCCUGUUCUCCUCGCAUCUCUCUGCCUUGUCAGCGCACUAGAGGGGGCAGACAUGGCACUCUUGCCCGCCGUCUUCUAUGCGCUUCAGCGAGACUUGGGCCUGCACUUGAACGACCUUGCCACUAUGACCCUUAUCCAGGGCGUGACGACGGCCGCUGUCGCGCCGCUUUGGGGCAUCAUUGCCGACAGGGGCAUCAUGAAAAGGAAGAACAUUAUUGUCAUGGGCUGCGUCCUCCAGGGCCUGGUCACCAUGCUUCUUUCAGUAAUCGAUCAGAUGGUGGGGAUGACACUCUUGCGUGCACUCAAUGGUGCGAUGCUCGCCUCCCUUCGCCCCGUUGCCAAUGGUGUCAUUGCGGAUGUGACUUCGGAGCAGAGAAGGGGCAAAGUCUUUGGCGUGGUUCAGUUUUGCACCAAUGCUGGGCUGAUGGCUGGCGGCCUUAUCGGCACGCCGCUGUCGACAAAGACAGUUCUGGGCUGGCAGGGAUGGCGGGUGUCCUUUAUCGGCAUUGGGCUCUUGUCCGUGCUGGUGGGCGUCUUCGCAGCCUGCACCAUGACUGAGCCGCCCAGGGAAACAUCUGGCGCACAUGCCAAGGAGCGAGGCGCGCUCAGGCAAGAGCUCAAGAAGUUGCUGAGCUACUUCCGCAUGCCCACCUUCUGCGCGCUGAUCUUCCAGGGCUGGUUCGGAGGAAUUCCUUGGAACGCCAUGAGCUACUCAACCCUCUUCUACCAGGUUGGUGGAAUUACCGAUGCCAAGGCCGCUGUGCUGGCGGCCGCAGGGCAGGCAUCCGGCGCCUUUGGUGGUAUCCUUGGAGGACUGAUUGGGGAUCGCUUGGCGCGCUGGUGCCCUUUGCAUGGACGCCCCUUCACAGCGCAGAUCUCUGUGAUGGCUGGCAUCCCUGUGGCCUACCUCACCUUUAUGGUCGACCCUCCUGAAGGCGAGGUGGCAUUUUUCUACUACUUCGCGCUUGUGACCUUCCUAGGCCUCACCGCAACCUGGUGCGGUGUUGGCGUCAACUUGCCCAUUCUGACUGAAAUUGUUCGUCCUGAGGGGAGAGCGACAAUCAUGGCCUGGGAAUCUGCGCUUGAAAGCACCUUUGCUGCCAUCCUGGGCAACGCCAUGGUCGGAUUCCUGGCGGAAAACGUCUUUGGAUACAAGCUUGAGGAAUCCGAUCAUGCGACUUCGGACCCUGAAAGCCGGCGAGCGCUGGGAAAGGCUCUCACCUUCACCUGCUUCAUGCCUUGGAUCAUUUGCUGGACGGCAUACUCUCUGCUUCAUUUCACUUAUCCUCGAGAUCUGAAGCGAGUGAAGGACGAGAAGAUGAAAGAGAAGAAAGAAGCUCGGCAACAGAGGAAGAUCGAGAAAGCAGAAGAAGAGGCGAGCGGUAAAGACAUUCUUUUCUUGCAUUCCUGCCACUCAUCUUCACAAUCAUUGCCUUGUGCGGUCACACACUCAUGA